GAAGCAUAUACAGUCUUGAUGUCAACAAAUUUUAAUUUUAAUAUAACGAAGUUUUUGAAAACAUUUGACUAAUGCCCACUACAAAGAAGACCGAACCACAAGAAGAACGGUCAGCAAGUCCCAUAUUUUCAAAAGGAACGUACAUAUUUCCAAAUGGCGACAAAUACAACGGCGAAAUAGUACAACUGCCGGACGGCGGUAUUUUUAGACAAGGAAAGGGAGUUCACAUAGGAAAUGACGGUUUGACGUAUGAAGGAGAUUGGAAAGAUGACAAAAUGCACGGCAAAGGAAAAAUGAUUUGCGCUUCUGGUGCUAUUUAUGAAGAAAAUAAGAUGAUUGGAGAAGGAAGAUAUACUGACACAAACAAACAAGUUUGGUUCGGUGAAUUUUCCCGAAAUUCUGCACUUAACUUGAAAUUCAAACUCAAUAUGUAAUGCAAUUUAUUGUGUAUGAAAGUAAAUUCUUCAUUUUUAGUUCCCUGUGAACACAACUAUUGUAA